AUGGCCACAACAACGACGGCCACUGUGCCGCAGAAAAUGCGAGCAGUCCAGAUAGUCGAAUACAACAAACCACAUGAGAUCCGUACGAUCGAUACACCGCAACCUAAAGAUUUACGACCUCACGAAAUCUUGCUCAAAAUUGCCGUGCCAGGCCUAUGCCACUCCGACCUCGAAUACCUAGCAGGCCACAUGCCAACCAAACUCCCCGUGACAGGCUCCCACGAAGGUACGGGGACAGUAAUCGCCACCGGUAGCGACAUGAGCUCGCACUUCAAGCCCGGCGACCGUGUCCUAGCAGGCAAGACGUUCGGCCGCUGUGGCGAAUGCGAGAUCUGCCAGGGACCGGAGAAUUAUCGACACUAUUGUCGGAAGCGCGACAGUAUGAUGAGUGUAGAGCGGGAUGGUGCCUUUCAGCAAUAUCUGGUUGUGGAUGGGAGGGAGUCGACGAUUUUGCCGGAGAAGAUGAGUUUUGCUACUGCGGCGCCGUUGGCUUGUGCUGGAAUGACGAGUUGGAGGGCGAUAUUGCAGUGUCAGCUGAAGCCGGGUGCGUGGAUCGGUAUUGUUGGGUCUGGGGGUGGGUUGGGUCAUCUUGCUGUCCAGAUGGCGAAGAAAGCUAAAGGCUUGAACGUCGUCGGCAUCGAUGCCCGAGACAGCGGCUUGGAGCUCACACGUGAGUCUGGUGCUGAUCUCGUCCUCGACGCACGGAAAGGCGUCCCAGCCAUGGUCGAAGAAGUGCAAAAGGCUACGGGCUCCACUGGCGUCCACGCAUCGAUAGUAGUGUCUGAUCACAUCACUGCAGCUCCUGCAGCUUGCGCCAUCACAGCUUUUCACGGUCGGGUAGUGCAAGUAGCUGUGCAGGACAAAGUCACGAUUUCAGGAACCAUGGACCUUAUCUUCAAGGAUCUCAGGCUUAGUGGAAGCUUUAUGGCGAGUCAGAAGGAGACGGAGGAGAUGUUAUAUGCUGUUGUCGAGCAGGGCAUCAAGGUGGAGAAUAAUAUCUUCACUGGACUUGAUGAGGUGCCGAAGGCUGUUGAGAUGUUGAAGAAAGGAGAGUAUCGUGGUAAGGCAUGCUUCAUUGUGGAUGAGGACGCCGUUGGGCUGAGGCCGGGUGACGGAUACGUCUAA